UUUUCAAGCACCUUUGUGGAUCGAGCGCUCAGCAUCAUGGCGUUCGAGUGGAGCAACGAGGAAGAGAAGUACGUUCAACCGGAGAUACCAGGGCGGGAUGCGUUGAUCGUGUUGAUUGAUGUGCGGCAAUCCAUCUUUGAUGCGUCGGACGACCCAUCCAAGACGUGGUUCCAAACGUGCAUUGACAUGCUCGUGCGAUACCUCAAGUCCAAAGUGAUCGCAAACGACAACUCGCUCUUGGGCGUGUGCUUCUUCGGCACGAAACAAGUGAAGAAUAUCAAUUCCCUCGAGCAUGUGUACGAGUUCCAAGAAAUUGGGUACCCGUCGGCGCGCCGCAUCAAGCAACUGACGGACCUCGUGUCACCCAAGUUUGAUUUCGAAGGAACGUUUGGCAGCAUGGCGGCCACCGACCAAGUCUCGUUGAGCAAUGCGUUGUGGCACUGCAGCUUGGCCUUUGCCAACGCAGGCUUAAAGAAGCAGGACACUCAAACGAUUUGGAUCCUCACGAAUGGCGAAGACCCCAGUGCCGGCAAUGCCGACGAACGCACGCGAAUCCACGAACAGUUCAAGAACCACCUGGAGCUCCAUCGAACCCUCAACCUCUUUUACAUGCCGCCUCCCUCCUCCACAAGCUUUGACCUGUCUACAUUCUAUGCCACCAUGUUCACCGACGCUGCUUCGCCCGUUCCCGACGACGAAUACAAGAAGCAAGCCGCCUUUGCCAUCCACACGUACGAAGACAUGAUGGAAGAGUCCCUUCGCAAACGCUACCGCAAGCGCCGCCUCGCCACCCUCCGCCUCUCCAUCACGAAAUCCGUCAAGCUCAGCGUCGAGCUGUACGCGCUUCGGGUGCGCCAGACCCGUCCGACGCCCGUGAACUUGGACGCCGAGACGAACCUGCCGCUGCAGUCUGGGACCAAGUGGCUGUGCAACCACACGGGAAGCUUCUUAUCGCCUCAGGAGAUUCACACGUACUUAGAGUAUGGCGGCGGUCAUCGCGUGUACCUUACCAAGGACGACAUGGUGCAGAUCAAGCGAUUUGAUGCCGCAGGGAUCCAAUUGUUGGCGUUUGAACCGACCUCGGUGAUUCGACUGCAUGAAAACGUCCGCGCGCCGUACUUUUUGUUUCCCACAGACGAAGACAUUGCGGGCAGCAGCGCCGCAUUUGUCGCGUUGCACCACGCCAUGUCCACCAAGGACAAGGUGGCCGUGUGUCGCUUUAGUAUGCGCGACAAUUCGCCGCCGCGGGUCGCUGCCUUGCUGCCCCAGGACGAAGUGAGUGACGAGCAGGGCCAAGUGCAGCCGAUGGGGUUCCAAGUUCUUUUUUUGCCGUUUCUGGACGACAUUCGACCGCUUCGGGCGACGCAGCAAGAUUCCACGGCGACCCAAGUGGAAGCGGCAUGCAGCGUCAUCCGAGCGCUCACGCUGUCGAGUUUGCCAUCGUUCCAAAACCCAGAGUUGCAAAAACACUAUGCAAGCAUCCAGGCACUGGCGCUGGACGAAGACGUGCUGGCGUUCGACGACAAGGACGACACGACGUUACCCGACACGGCAGGGUUUGCGCGCAGAAAAGUGCUGAUGUCGUUGGAAGCCUUCAAAGAAGCGUGUGGCGGGGACGAGCUGCACAAGGAUUCGGCCAAGCGAAAGACGGCGUCGGCGGCGCCCAAGCGCGAGAAAAAAGCCAAAGCUUCCGACGACAUGAGUGCAGAUUGGAGUGUGGACACGUACAAAGCAUUGGCGGCGUCGGGGACGUUGGGCAAGAAAACUGUGGCGGAGCUCAAGGGGUUUCUGACCAGCCAUGGACUGAGCACGGCGGGAAAGAAGGCCGACUUGGUAGCUACAGCCAUGGCGUUCCUUCAGACACCAUGACUAUUGUAUCGUGUUAAAUAGUAUUACUACUAGUACUAGUACUCAGGAGCGGAAAAUACUCCUCGAGUAGUCGCAACGAUUAGGUGUGCUGGUACAUGUAUUGUCAAAUCGUCUAAAAAAACUGGAGCCGAAUAAGGAGAAUGGAUUAAAGAACCACCUAAGCCAAUCAAAUCACG